AUGUUAGAUCCAAUAGGCUUAAAUGCAAUACGCAAAAAAUAUGAGUUUCAGCACCCGGGGUCACCAGCAAAACAGAUUAUCUCACAGGUGCUACCUUUUAAGCCCCACCUCAGCCAUCACGACGAAUGGGAUAUGUUAAAUAGUAAAGAGCCAACAACGGAGGAAUUAUUGACAGAUAUUAAGCAGUUACAAGAAGAAAUAGAGCUUCUUUUUCAGCGUUAUAAGCACAUAAAUUACAUGGUAAAAAUGGACUUGGAUGAAUUUUGUCACAUAUGA